UCUGUGACCACGUCACACCGAGACCUAAGUAGACGGACAUGGCGGAACGCAGGAGACACAAGAAGCGAAUUCAGGAGGUCAGUGACCCCACCAAGGAGGAGAAGGCGGUGGCCAAGUAUCUGCGCUUCAACUGCCCCACCAAGUCCACCAACAUGAUGGGGCACCGGGUGGAGUACUUCAUUGCUUCCAAAGCAGUGGACUGCCUCCUGGAUUCCAAGUGGGCCAAAGCAAAGAAGGGAGAAGAUGCUCUUUUUACCACUAGAGAAUCUGUGGUGGACUACUGCAACAAGCUUCUGAAGAAGCAGUUCUUCCACCGGGCCCUGAAAGUGAUGAAGAAGAAGCCAGAAAAGGAUAUCAAGAAAGAGAAGGAGAAAGAGAAGGAGAAGGAGAAAGCAAAGAGUGACAGUGGAAAGGAGGAAGAGAAGAAGAGCAAGAAGGAGAAGAAGAAGGAUGCUGAGGGAGUGGACACAAAGAAAGAGAAGAGUGAUGAAAGUCCUGGAACAUCAAAGAAGAAAAAAGAUGUGAAGAAAAAAUUCAAGUUGGAGCCACAUGAGGAUCAGUUAUUCCUGGAUGGGAAUGAGGUGUUUGUUUGGAUUUAUGACCCAGUACAUUUUAAGACCUUUGCAAUGGGCCUGAUUUUGGUAAUUGCUGUCAUUGCGGCCACCCUGUUCCCGCUGUGGCCUGCAGAGAUGCGUGUGGGAGUAUACUACCUGAGCGUCGCUGCCGGAUGCUUUGUCGCAAGCAUCCUUCUCUUAGCUGUCGCUCGGUGCAUCCUCUUCCUGAUCAUCUGGGUAGUAACUGGAGGCCGUCAUCACUUCUGGUUCUUGCCCAACCUGACAGCAGAUGUAGGCUUCAUCGACUCCUUCCGGCCACUCUAUACACACGAGUACAAGGGUCCACGCACCGACACCAAGAAGGCCAUUGAGGAUAAAGCUGAGGCCAAGACAGGGACACCAGAACCCUCUGCCAAGGAGCACAAGUCAGACAGCGAGGAAAAGGAGGACAAUGGGGAGGAAGAGGGGGAUGACGAGGAUGUGGAGGGGGUGAGAGCAGAGCUGGUGCCAGAGGGAGAGGGGCCAGGUGGGGAUACAGACAGUGACCGUCGGGAGGAUGAGGGAUCACAGCACAGCAAUGGCAAUGACUUUGAAAUGAUCACCAGAGAGGAGCUGGAACAGCACACUGAGGAGGAGGUCCAAGGGGAAGAGGGAGAGUACGAGGAUGAGGAGGAAGACAGAGAGGCAAAGCCCAGGUCCAUUAAAACAUAAAUGCCUGGGGGGACAAAGUCCUGCACUCUACAAGGACUGCUUCUUCUACCAUGCAGAAGAGAGAGGCACUAAUUUCCCUUUUUGUUUGAGAUCUUCCACAAAGAAUGCUAAUAGGCCUCCUAAUUUUGAUUGGGAACAAAAAAAUUCUGUGACAAAAAGCCUUAUUGCAGUUCUGAAUUUCCCUCCCUCUGAUGAAUAUGGAAAUGGUAAUUUCUUUAUUCUCUAGAUCUUUCCCCAAAUUCUGCUUACAUUAAAUCCCUCUGUCUGUUUUAGUUUUGGGUUCAGGAACAGUUCCUGUUUUAAGAAUCUGUUUUUAACCCAUGUCAAGACAAUUCCUGGUUGAUUUUAUGACAUUUCUGUCUGGGGAGGUCUUCACAACUCCAAAAAAAAUCUACUGGAUUCAGGCUGAGAGGGUUUUGAACUCUGGUGUUGGUUUGGUUGUGAUAGUAAAUAUGUUAACAAAAUGUUAACAGCAGGGAUUGCCAGAUGAUUAGAUUUUGUUGAGCCAGUUACACUGGUGCAGGCUUCACACUAGACCCAAACCAUGAAAAUGUGUAAUGAUGACUCAUGCAACUGCACCACAAGUUGUAGAAGAUUGAUUUGGAUGGACCAAAGACUAGAUGAUCUUUGAGGGCAGUUUUUUUCUGCCCAGAUUUUUUGGAAUAAGGAUGGAUUGUUUUUCAUUUGCAGCCUUUACUACCUUUCCUAUCUGUCUGCACAAAUGUUUUAUUUAUGAAGUGUAGCAGAGGUGGUUUUCAUCAUGCUUGUUGUUUUGCCUAAAGGUACUGCAUUCUGUCUUCAGGAGCCCACAGCUGGCUUUAGCCCUGAGGGAUCAUGGGGGAGGGUAAAUGUUGUAAAGAUGGGUGUGUGAUGCCCUUUGAGCCAGCUCCUCUGCUCUCAUGUCUGGUUAUGAUUGCUUUGCAGAAGUUCAUGAUAAAUGCUGUAGAUGUCUGCUGUUGGUGAGGCAACUUUGGUUUUGUGGUUUCAGAGAGAUGAACGGUAUUGCCGGGUAACUUUUCCACAGUGCUCCUCAUCGCUGAUAGGUGUGGCAGCCCUGUAAAUGUAAUUUGUUCAAUUUUGUUAAAAAAAAAAAAAUGAAAAACUUUUGCAUAUGGUAACACACUAAAUGGAAUACACAUGAAAUCCAGUGCCAAACAGUUUUACAUGGUGCAGAUUGCUGUUUUCAUAAUGUUAGUGGUUUUUUCUAUUUCAGUAUGUAGUGUUGGUUUCGAGUUGGCUGUUUUUUGUCCACUUCCUGUACUUGAGGAUACAGGCUGUGACCGAAAUUUGUUUAAUGGUAUUGGAAGUGUGGCUGUGAAACAUGCUGAAGGCCAGUAGGCAUCAGUGUUAAUUUCAGUGUGUUUAGUUUGCCAGCUCUAGCUGUGCAUUGUUUUUCUGUCUCCAUUGAUAGCUUUAGGGUUGGCAUUGGCUGAAUUCGACAUAAAGCAUACUAACCUGUUGGUGAUUAAAACUGCCUUCGAGUCCCACAGGAUCGUGGUCUGGUGUUGUCCCAGUUGUGCAUUUUGCGUCGUUUUUCUUGACUGAUAUUUUAUGGGUUUCCUGCACCAUUUUUUUGGUGAUUAACCAAAAAGUGAAUUUAUCAUUUAUAUGCAAUGUAGAUCAAUAUAUCAAAAUGAUACAUACUAACUGUUCAGAAAAUAUAGAAAGAAAUUGUUUACUUUUUGUCCCCUCAUUAUUUUUUAAAAAUUUAUUUGGAGUUAUGUAUCUUUGCAGUAAUCUCUUAAUAGCCACCGGUUAGCAUAUGUAAUCUAGAGGGAAAGAUUUGUAGCUUGAACAUAAGUUUUAUUUAACAGUUGAAUAAUUUGGAUUUCUAAUUUAGUAUUGGAUCUGUGUAGAUGUAUUUCGUAUAUUUGUUACAAGAGUUAUCUGAACUGCAUAGACGGCAAGUAUUUAUGUAGUUAUUCAUACAAUGCAGGGGUAUGCGUGCUGUUGUAUCUGUCAUACAUUGUUCUCAUUUUCCCAUUUCAGCCUGACUGCUCUAUAUGAAUCACUUUUACAUUUUUGUGGAACUGGCUGGUUGUUGUCCUAUAA